CGUCCACGCACAUCCCUAACUUAUUUUCACACGCCAUUUUACAAUACAUUUUGUGACGAUCUGACGCUGUAUCAUUCGGGCAUUUUGUGCGCAGCGAGUAAUUGGACUCCUGCAUUUCUAUCGAUCGAAAAGAGACUGCUCGCAGCGUUUAUUUGUCAUGGAGCGUGGCGGUUAUGGUGGUGGUGCCGGACAGGGUUACAAUAAUUUCGCUGUCCCCCCACCGAACUACCAGCAAAUGCCAAAUAAAACGGGUAACUACAACGAGCCACCUCCGAACUACGGCAAACAAGGCGGUGGUUAUGAUUCCGGUCAUCGUGGUUCCGGCGGCGGCGGUGGCGGAGGAGGAGGAGGAGGCGGCGGCUCAUGGAACGACCGAGGAGGCAAUUCCUACGGAAAUGGAGGCGCCAGCAAGGACAGCUACAACAAAGGACCCGGCGGCUACUCGGGCGGCGGUGGAGGAGGAGGCGGUGGCUCCAGCGGCGGCGACAUGAUCACCCAGGAGGACACAAUCUUUGUCUCCGGCAUGGAUCCAUCCACCACAGAGCAGGAUAUUGAGACCCACUUUGGAGCCAUUGGUAUUAUUAAGAAGGACAAACGCACCAUGAAGCCCAAGAUUUGGCUGUACAAGAACAAGGAGACCGGCGCCUCCAAGGGCGAGGCCACUGUCACCUACGACGACACCAAUGCGGCGCAGUCCGCCAUCGAGUGGUUCGACGGGCGGGACUUCAAUGGCAAUGCGAUCAAGGUGUCGCUGGCCCAGCGCCAGAACAACUGGAACAAGGGCGGCGGCGGCGGUCGCGGUGGAUUCGGCGGUCGCCGGGGCGGAGGCGGCGGCGGUGGUGGCGGCGGAGGAGGCGGCGGCGGCCGCUUCGAUCGCGGAGGCGGUGGUGGCGGCAACGGCGGCGGCGGCGGACGCUUCGACCGCGGCGGUGGCGGAGGAGGCGGCGGCGGAGCUGGCGGCGGUGGAAAUGUGCAACCUCGUGACGGCGACUGGAAGUGCAACAGCUGCAAUAACACCAACUUCGCCUGGCGCAAUGAGUGCAAUCGCUGCAAGACUCCCAAAGGCGACGAUGAGGGUUCCAGCGGCGGCGGUGGUGGUGGCUACGGCGGUGGCGGCGGCGGAGGCUACGACCGUGGUGAUCGCGGAUCCGGCGGCGGCGGUGGCUACCAGAACCGGGAUCGCGGAGGCAACUCGCAAGGAGGCGGCGGCGGAGGCUACUCCCGCUUCAAUGACAACGGAGGAGGCGGUGGCGGCGGACGAGGUGGCGGCCGGGGAGGAGGCGGUGGCAACCGUCGCGACGGCGGCGGACCCAUGAGGAACGACGGAGGCAUGCGCUCCAGACCAUACUAAGCGCGUUGGAUGGAUAGCAUGUGGCACCUAUUUUUUCACAUUUACGUAUUAAUUGUAGCGAGUACUCUUUUAAAUGUACUUUUAAAUUUACCAGUCAGAGCCAAUUAUAAAUACCAGCACACACAUCUUCAUUUUAACCGACUUCCAGACAACACGGACCCGGUUAGCGCUCGUUUUGACUGAACUUAUAUUUGUAAUCUAAUUUAACGAUUGUAAUUGUAACAUGGUACAUACGAAUAAAAUAUAUAUAUAUAUAGCUCAUAUAUAUAUGUAUAUACAUUAAAUCGGAAAA